AUGACCACCAUCAAGAACGUCGCGAUUGUGGGGGCUUCGGGGAACUUGGGAAAACGAAUUCUUGGCUCCCUUAUCGACUACGGCAAAUUCAACGUCACCGUUGUUACUCGUGAAUCGUCCCAAGCCAGCUUCCCAGCUUCCGUCAAAGUCGUCCGCGCCAACUAUGAAUCCGUCAAAUCCGUCACUUCCGCCUUUCAAGGCCAAGAUGCGGUCAUCUCAGCGGUUGGUGUGGCAGGGUUCCAAGGCCAAACCGUCCUUAUCGAUUCUGCCAUCGCAGCAGGCGUGAAACGAUUCCUGCCUUCCGAAUUUGGCAGUGAUACCUCCCUCCCAACCACUGCGGCCCUACCGGUCUUUAAGGAUAAAAUUGCAACGAGGAGGUACCUUGAGGAUAAGGUCACAAAAACACCCGGAAUGACAUAUACGUAUAUUAUUAAUGGUCCGUUCUUCGACUUUGGAGUCCAAUCAGGGUUCCUCCUGAACUGGAAAGAUGGUACGCCCAAGAUCUACGAUGGCGGAAAUCAACUUUUCAGUGCUACAACUCUAGCGUCUGUCGGUCAAGCUGUCGUAGGCGUGUUAAGCCAUUAUGAGGAGACUAAGAAUCGUGAUGUAUUUGUGCAUGACGUGGUCACAUCCCAGAACCGCAUCUUGGAGGUAGCGAAAAAGGCCGCUCCGGAGAAGAAAUGGGAGCCUAUCAAUGUCAACCUUGCGGAGCUGGAGAACGACACUAAGAAGGCGUUGGCAAAGGGUGAUGCACCACUGUAUAUCCUAUUCAACUACAUCCUGAUUUCAAUUUUCGGCCAGGGAUAUGGUGGGCUAUUUAAAGCCACUGACAACGAACUUUUAGGUGUUUCGGUGAAGGCGGAAGCUGAUUUCGAGGCGACUCUGAAGCAAAUAUUUAGUAGUGGGAAGUAG